CCCACUGCCACAAGCUGAGAAACCUCAACGAAUCUCACCACACUUUUUGUAUAUGCAUACGUAUGCUUGAGCCCAUUAUCUCUACUCCAAUCUCCCUAUAGUGCAUUGUCACCUUGCCUGUAUCACCAUUCACGAUUCUGUCUAUGAGAAAAUUCUCCAUUUGACAGCUUGUACGAAUCUGCUGUAAAUCCUCCGAACUUGCCAUAUUACGAGUACAUUCUUGUCCAACUUUUGCCAACUUGAUCAAAUGUCCCGAUAACAAAGCCUCAACGCUCACUUCCACACGAUUUGACUUUCUCCCACCACCAGCCACUGCCAUGGCAGUUAGCUCACCUAUACAGGUGCUGGACAAACACAGCAUACAAGUUAAUCGACUAUCACCGAGGCAGGGGCCACCGAAAGAUGGAGGCGGCGGCGGCGGCGGCGGCGGAGGGAUGGGUGGAAGUGCUGUAAUAGUUGGUAUAAUUGCUGGCGUCGUAUUCUUCCUCGUUGCUUGCGUGGUCUUUUACACGAUGCUGCGGAGAUGGAGGGUACAAGGCAAGAAGCCCACGUAUAUUCCCACGAAAUUCUUGAAGAGCAAAUGGCAGACCUGGCAACCCGGCGGAAAAUACAAAGCCGUCCGCAACCGAGAUCUUUCAUCCACGAACACGGCUUACAAUGGCAAUGACAUUGGCAGCGAAGCAGGCACUGGAGCGGGAGUUGAUCGCAACACCAGCGUGCGCAGUGUUAUAACACUUCCGGCAUAUUCAAGGACGCCAAAGGACACCGAACAAGUCAUCGGGCGAGAAGGCGAAAGAGGUGGCAUGGACACGGUUGUGGAAUUCCCGGAGACGGUCGAAGAGGAAGAAACACGCCGAGAAGACCAGAUGGAGUCAUUGUACCAAAUCCGAUUGGCCCGCCGCCGCGAAAUUGCAGAACGAGAAGAACGUCGGCGGGAGCGAAGAGAAGCUCGCGAGAGGGGAGAUACGGCUCGAUUGGAGGAGCUGCGGCGAGAGUCCCGUCAGCGUGCAAACGAAAGUACUACUUCCCUCAAUGGCGGCGUGAGUGUAUCCGCAGCCACGUUGAUUGCCGAACAUCAGUCUCGCGGACGAGAACGAAGGGUAUCGAGCGUUGCAUAUGCUUCACUAGGUGAGGUACGACAUGACGGUACGCGGAUUCGAGCAAAUAGCAAUGACUCUGAGCGAGGUGGGCUGUUAAGUGGAGCAGCCCCUAUGGGUGAAGCCGAAGGACGCUCUCGUCUUCUGUCGGAUGCUACAUCGAUGCACAGCCGUGACCGCUCGAUUAGCGCUGUGAGUGUAUCAACGAUGGGCUCUGACUUGGAACCUCAGCCCACGCCGGGCUCAACCAUUCCAGACGACAGUAACCGACGGCAAAGUGACGAGCCCCAAAGCGGCGGUACGUCCAACUCUUCCCCCACCGCCAAUAGAUUCACGCCUGAUGAAAGCACCGGAUCAGACGACAUUGGGGAAUCACGCAUCCCGCUGCCUUCAGACAUUGGUGAUGUACAUCGGCCACCCGAUUACGAGUUCUUAGACUGGGGCGAUGCUCCUUCGUACGAGGCCGCCGUCGCUCGUCGUGCAGCAAGCAAUGCCAGUCGUGCUGCAGGUAUUCCCAGCAGGGCUCCCACGAACGCAAGCAUUGCACCUCAACUUCCACAGCUCAAUCUUCCUAGGAUCAGUGUCUCCGGGGCCACGGAACCUAAUACCCCUGUGUCGCCGGUAGUGCAAGCCGCUCCUGUAUCGAAUACUGAAGACACGCCCGUCUCGCCUGUGGCAACAACAAGCAUCCAUACAGUGAUAGAGCACCCAAGAGAGGACACGAAUUCCAAUCCUGCAGGUGGUCAUCAGAAUUGAGUAUUCUAUGCAUAAGAUGAUGGACGAUGUUCUUGGUACAGAGCGGAUCCACACGCAAAAUUGGGUAACAAAGGUCUGUGAUGGAAAAUGUGAGCAUGAAAAUUUAUGAUGGGAUGUCUUAUUUCGGAACAUGUACCGCAAUGCAUGGAAGCACGGCGCCGGGGUAUCUUCCGUCUAUUCGACGUGGGAAGUCUUGAGGGUAGCAAUCAAUCUAGCGAUCCUCUUCAAUUUGAACAUAGGUGUUCUCAUACUGAAGCAAUGCCACAUCUUCCGGUUCGA